AUGGUGAACACUACUGAGAAAUUUACCUGCCUCUUGAAGGAUUGUUCUCCCCUGGUUGAUUUGAAAGACUCAGAGAAAUCUCAAACUGGCACGGAUCACUUCGGGACAGAGACCUGCUUGAGGACACUGAGAUCUCACUGCCAAGAGGCCACAAACCAGUAUGGACCAACAGCCAUUGCCAAGGUCAGGGACCAGCUUGCGGACACUGAGAUCUCUCUGCUGAGUGACCACAAACUGGUAUGGACCAUCGCCCAUCACCCGCUACAGAUCCACGUACCAAAGUCCAGGAGAUUACCUGAACUUCUUGGCUUAAUUGAUCAGCAGAGUAAACCUCCAGACUCAGAGAGGAAUCCUUCUUUCCUCCUCAUUGAGAUGAAACUUACAAGACAAAAUCACACCACCGUGACCGAGUUUGUUCUGAUGGGAUUCACCAACGCUCCCAAACUUCAGACUUUUCUUUUUGCAACAUUCUUAGUCAUUUACAUGAUGAUCCUGAUGGGAAAUAGCUUAAUCAUUUUAAUAACCAAAACCGAUCGAGCUCUCCACACCCCUAUGUAUUUUUUCCUUAGGAAUUUGUCCUUCUUAGAAGUGGGUUACACUUCCGUGACUCUCCCAAGAAUGCUGGCGAACCUUUGGACACAAACUAGAACAAUUCCUUUGGUAGCCUGUGCCGCCCAGAUGUAUUUCUUUCUUAUGUUUGGAGCCACAGAGUGCUUCCUCCUGGCUGUGAUGGCCUACGAUCGUUAUGUGGCCAUCUGUAGCCCCCGACAGUAUUCAAUCAUCAUGGAUGAUAAAGCAUGUCUCAAGAUGGCAGCUGGUUCCUGGAUCAGUGGCAUUCCAGUCCAGUUAGGGCAGACCUAUCAGAUAUUCUCCCUGCCCUUCUGUGAUUCCAACAAGCUGAACCAUUUUUUCUGUGAUAUCCCACCAGUACUUGAACUGGCCUGUGGGGACACAGCUAUGAAUGAACUCUCAGUCUAUGCCGUAGCUCUGCUCCUUGUAACAGCCCCAUUUCUCUUGAUACUCGUGUCCUACGUCAAAAUCAUCUCCAUCAUCCUGAAGUUACCUUCAGCCAUGGGGAAACGCAGAGUCUUCUCCACCUGUUCUUCCCACCUCAUCGUUGUCACCUCGUUCUUUGGAUCUGCUAUCAUCACCUAUCUACGGCCCAAGUCAAGCCACUCAGUGCAUGUCGAUAAAUUUCUGUCUCUGUUCUACACCACUGUAACACCAAUGUUUAACCCCAUGAUAUACAGUCUGAGAAAGAAGGAGGUGACUGUUGCCCUGAAAAAGUUUCUGUCACAAUUAUUCUGA